AUGGCCAUGGAGGUGGACGAGGACGACGUCUGGGGCGCCGUCGCCACCAGCCCCAGCGUCUCCCCCCCGCCCGACAUCUCCACCGCGCGCAGCCUCAACACCCGCCUCCAGCUCCUCGCCGCCUCCGUCCCCCCGUUCCUCCCAGCCAUCGUCGCCGUCGGCUCCCCGUUCCACCCCGGCGGCGGCUGCUACCGCAAUGUGGCCGCGUCCCCGUCCCCCUCCUUCUUCUCCGCGGCCUCCUCCUUCCCGCGCCUCGCGCCGCUCGACGCCGGCCCGGCCCGCCGCGCGCUGGAGCGCGAGAUGUGCCUCGGCCCGCCCCCCGCCGCGGCAGCGGCGCCCGGCCCCAGCGGCGCGGGCCCCGUGGAGCGUCGCAAGAAGCGGAUGAUCAAGAACCGGGAGUCGGCGUCCCGGUCCCGCGCGCGCAAGCAGGCCCACGUCACCCAGAUCGAGACGGAGGUCGUGGAGCUGCGGGAGGCCAACGACCAGCUCCGCGCCAAGUACGACCAGCUGAGGGCGGCGGUGGAGGUGUCGGUGCCGGUGAAGAAGACCCUCAAGAGGGUGCUCUCCGCGCCAUUCUGAUCGACACCCAAGCAGCACCAACUCCAAUCGAGCUACCACUACUACCACUCACAUAGUAGUACUAGCUAGCGUUGCAGCAGUAGCUCUUUAAUUAGCAGCAGCAGCAGCAGCUACUAGCAUCGUCCAUGUAAAUCCACGUGAGGAUUUUCUUCUUCCUUUUGCUUCGCUUACU